CGUUGUUGCAGAGAGAGAGAGAGAGAGAGAGAGAGAGCUGGCCAUGGUGUGCUGAAAGAAUCAAAAGCUAAUCAAGUGAAGAAGAAAAAACACCCACUUGAUUCUCUCAAAAUUUCCCUUUUGCCCUCAUAUUCAUACACUCCUUCUCUCUGCUAACUCAUUGCUCUCCUCCCUUUCUCUCCUCCCUUUCCUCGCUCUUUCCUUGUAAAGUCAUGUUUGGGGACACGGAUAUCUCCGCUGAUCUACCCGGUGAUGGAGACACCUCUCAAACCAACCUCUCGUAUCGCCGGAUAAGUGAGGAUAACCGAGAGAACGCUGAUGAGAAGAUGAGUUUCUCUCAAAAGGGUAUUGAUUUUCUCAGAGCAAGCAAGAUGGGUCUGGAUGGCUUCCCUCCAAAACCCCUCAAACCUGGCACUUCUGGCUCCCAGGAGCUUACUCUCAGUUACCUCUGUGAUAAUACCAAGUUGGGAUUCUCUGACAGCGGGAAAAUCCCCAUGAAUUCUCUGGAAAAGUUGAGCCAGAAGGGCAAAGAAGUCUUCGUCUCUGAGAAUUCUAAUCACGAUGAGAAAUGGGUCGAGAGGGAUUUCUUGAGUUUGAAUGAAAGUAGAGGGAAUUCUUCCAAAAGAGAAGCAGACGAGGAGAUUGAAGAGAGAGAGAGAAACAUAGAGAAAAGGCCGAAGCUGGAGACUCUCAAUCUCUCUCUAGCUUUGCCUGAUGUCUCUCUCUCUCUAACUGCAUCUAACGCUUUGCAAAAUGCUGAUUCCGUUCUUAAGCCGAAACCUACUAGGAGUAUACAGUCUAUGGCACCAUCAACCAAUAACACCCAAACAACUUAUUCAAACGAUUUCCCUGCCACUUCCUUAUCAUACUCCUACUCUCAUCCCUUCUCUCACAACCCUAGCUGCUCCUUGACCCGUAAUUCUACCGAGUAUUACGAGUGUUCUGUAGGAAGAGAUGAUCAGAUUUGGUGCGGUGGGGAGGGGACCAAUGGGUCUGUUCACAGCCGGUUUAAGCCUAUUGGAGAUGUAGUUACUUUGUCCAAUCAUUGUGGUGGUAAUGGAGGAGGAGGCUUCUCAACGAUGCGGAACAAGGAUUCAUGUAACAGCCUUUAUAAGACUACUGGCUCUGAUAAUUACUCGUUUUUCCCGUCUGAAUUGCCGGCAAGGCCGCGUGUAGAUAAUCAUUCAGGGGAUUCAAGGAGGAGAGAUUCGGAGAAUUUGAGAGGUCUUGAGGGUGUCGAUGGUGGCAGAGCUAGAAAGCUUUCUCGGCCUGAGAGAAUCCUUCACGAGAUUGUAUCAGAGUCCAUGCCUGUUAUGGCUAUCUUGAUUCAGGAAAUCCCAGAAGAAACCCUUGAAUCCACUAAAGAGUACUUAAGGAGUUUAAUAGGAUCACCGGAGAGGAAAGAAGAAUUGGUAGGCUUACAAAACCGGCUAGAGACAAGAUCUGAUUUCACCAAGGAGACUCUCUCCAAAUGCCACAAAGACCAACUUGACAUCUUGGUUGCAGUUAGAACAGGGCUUAAGACCUUCUUGUCUGGAAAAAUUCGAAUACCUGUUAUUGAAUUGGUGGAGAUUUUCUUGUUCUUGAGAUGCAAGAAUGUUAACUGUAAAAGCUUGUUGCCUGUUGAUGAUUGUGACUGCAAGAUUUGCUCAGCUAAUAAGGGCUUUUGCAGUUCAUGUAUGUGUCCUGUCUGUUUAACUUUUGAUUGUGCUAGCAAUACCUGUAGUUGGGUAGGUUGUGAUGUUUGCUCCCAUUGGUGCCAUGCUGCCUGUGGUAUCCAGAAGAAUCUGAUUAAACCAGGUCCAAGCUUGAAAGCUCCAUCAGGGACUACAGAGGUCCAGUUUCACUGCAUUGGAUGCGGUCAUACCUCGGAGAUGUUUGGAUUUGUUAAGGAUGUUUUCAUGUGCUGUGCGCAGGACUGGGGUCUAGAGACUCUAAUUAAGGAGCUUGAUUGUGUAAGGAAGAUUUUCAGGAGUAGUGACGAUUUAAAGGGCAAAGAGUUGCAUAUAAAAGCUGAUGAGCUAGUCAAGAAGCUAGAAACCAAAAUGAUGGCUCCUUCAGAUGCCUGCAAGUUUAUUAUCAAAUUCUUCAACUACGCAGAUUGUAUGUCAGACUUCCCUGCCUCUGGUAUGUAUUCAAAAGAAGUGAUGCCACCUCAAUCUAUUGUUAGGAAAGAUGAGGGAUCUGUCACACCAGCCACUUCACUCUCUCAAAAAUACAGUAUCUACAGCACAAGCUCUUCAAGUGGACGGCGUGAUUUACUGCCAAAUGAUCUCCUCCAGAAAGACCAGAAAGUAUCCCUACCAAGUGAUUUGAAGCUUGAAGAUGAGAUCCAGUUUGGUAGAUCAUUGAAGAAUGAAGGAUUUGACAGCUUGGAGAGCAUAGUAAGGAUUAAAGAAGCAGAAGCAAGAAUGUUCCAGAGCAAGGCAGAUGAGGCACGCAGAGAGGCAGAGAGUUUCAGACGAAUGAUUCGGUCCAAGGCUGAUAAAUUGGACGAAGAGUACGCUGAGAAGCUUGCAAAACUUUGUUUGCAAGAGACUGAGGAAAGGCAAAGGAAGAAACUGGAAGAAUUGAAGGUUUUGGAACAUUCGCAUUGUGAUUACAAAAACAUGAAGUUUAGAAUGCAAGCCGAGAUUGCUGGUUUGUUGGAGAGAAUGGAGGCUACAAAGCAGCAGUUGGUGUGAACCUUUUCAAUUUUCUUUUAUCUUUUAAUUCAUCUUCUUUUUGACGCUUUCUAAGAAGAAAAAAAAAAAAAAAAAAAAAAAGGGAAUAGUAAAGGAUAUGUAAUGGUAGUAUUGUGUAAUUUGUUUAAUGUAUUUAUUUUUCCCUCAUGAAUUCUGUUCUGCUUCUUCAAAUGGAAA